CAAGACGCAGACUCAUGAUCUACAUUCUCAUAGCCAGCUUUUCACUUAGAUGAGAGGAAUCUUCAGUGUCCCAGGGAGUGUUCUGUUCCAGGUCUCUUGAGACUCCACUGGAGAUUCCGUUGGUGAACACUCACAAGAGCCCUGCUGGAGCAUCAUUCCGGGGACCCUGGGAAUCUGUGGAGCUGCCAGUUGAUCCGCUGCGUUUGAGGAUAGUGGGAGGACCGGACAGACGGAGCAGGAUCAGGAGAUUUAGUCGCUCAGACAGUCUGACAGUUUUCUGCUGUGUGAUUUAGUUAAAGGGACCAACCAGCACCCAGGAUAUGCCCCCGGUUGGGUCACUGAGCCGGACUGAUGUGGUGUGCGAGCCAUGGUGACUCUGUCCCACAAGAAGCCUUUCAGUGAGGAAGACUGCGAAGAGGACAGACAAUAGACCAGAGGAACGACGUGAAGAGAGCAGGACGAACAGCAGCAGACGAGCCACUCCAGAAUGCCUGUAGAGACCCUCCGGCCCUCAGACGGGCGUCUGGCGGGGGUCCCCUUCACCUCAGCCAUGCCUUUCCGUAUCCUCAACAAGGGACCCGACUACUUCCGGCGGCCAGCGGAGCCUGGAGCCCGUAAGCUGAGCGCGGUGGAGCGCCUGGAGGCGGACAAGGCCAAGUAUGUGAAGAGCCAGCAGGUGGUGCUCACCAGGCAGGAGCCUGUCAAACCACCCAUCAUCCGCAAGCCUCUGCUGUCCCCGGGCAUGAUGCUGCAGUGUCGGAUCAACGCCCCCCCGGCCCGCAAGGCUCCCCGGCGGCCUGCCGACUCAGAGAACGGAGGAGGGACAGGAGGGAUAGGGUGGCGGAGGGGACCACCUCUUAACCUGGAGAUCCUCAACAACCUCAUCAACAAUGUGUGUGAUGGACCCCUUCUCUGCUCCCCAUCUUCCGUCCCCACCUCUCCCUACACCUCCUCUCCUUCAUCUGGGGGGAACAGCAUGGAGAACGGUCUCUCAGCUGACCGGGAGAGGAGCAAUCGAGUCCUGAGCAACCUUAAACCUGUUAAUAACUGCAACACCUCCUCCUCCACCACCUCCUCUUCUUCCACCUCCUCUCCCCUCAACAACAACAACAACAGCCAGACCUGCCCUGCUGAGCCCAGCCACCGGCCGCCCCCUGUCCCAGCACGGGGCAUCAGGGUGGGGGUGCCAGCGCCCUACAGCUCUCCUAACUCCGUGACAGUGCGCAGAGUGGAUGUGAGGCCCCAGGCUGAGCCGAGGAAGCCCCAGAGGACCCAGUUUCAGCCUCAGAUCAAGCCCAGACAAACUUCCCAGCCCCAGGUGGCUCAGCUCCAGGCCCCAUCACCACCACCCUCACAGCAGGCCAAGCCCCAGCCUCUCACCCCCACCCAGGCUUUGCCCUCUCCCCCAACCUGCCUGCCUCCCAGCCCCAUGCUGAUCCGGGCCGGCGUGAUGCCCCCAGCCUCCCCUGCUUUCACCCGUCUGUCCUCAGCCAGCUCCAGGGGGUCUCGGCCCGGCUCGGCCCGGAAACACCCCUCCCUACACCGCUCCAAGUCUGACCUGAGCGACCGGUACUCACGAGCCACAGCCGACCUGGAGCGCUUCUUCAACUACUGUGGGCUGCACCCAGAGGAGGUAGAGGGCAUGGGGGGAGUGGAGCGCUUCGCCAGGGCCAGCUCAGACAUUGUGUCUGUGUCCAAGCUGCUCAGUGCCAGCACCCCCAGCUCUGAGUGUGAGCAGGCGCGGGAACAAGGGGAGGUGGAGGGCGAGGAGGGUCCUGCCCGACCCGGGGAGCGUGUCCCCUACGGAAUCUCAAUCAUCGAGAGGAAUGCUCGUGUCAUCAAGUGGCUGUACGGGAUCCGGCAGGCGCGGGACGCUGUGUCCAACGUUUAGAGGAAAGAGACAGGAGGGGGAGGCUCUGGAAUGAUACCCAGGCCUAGAGGAAAGAGGCAGGAGGGGGAGGCUCUGGAAUGAUACCCAGGCCUAGAGGAAAGAGGCAGGAGGGGGAGGCUCUGGAAUGAUACCCAGGCCUAGAGGAAAGAGACAGGAGGGGGAGGCUCUGGAAUGAUACCCAGGCCUAGAGGAAAGAGACAGGAGGGGGAGGCUCUGGAAUGAUACCCAGGCCUAGAGGAAAGAGACGGGAGGGGGAGGCUCUGGAAUGAUACCCAGGACUAGAGGAAAGAGACAGGAGGGGGAGGCUCUGGAAUGAUACCCAGGCCUAGAGGAAAGAGACAGGAGGGGAGGCUCUGGAAUGAUACCCAGGCCUAGAGGAAAGAGACAGGAGGGGGAGGCUCUGGAAUGAUACCCAGGCCUAGAGGAAAGAGACAGGAGGGGGAGGCUCUGGAAUGAUACCCAGGCCUAGAGGAAAGAGACAGGAGGGGGAGGCUCUGGAAUGAUACCCAGGCCUAGAGGAAAGAGAAAGGAGGGGGAGGCUCUGGAAUGAUACCCAGGCCUAGAGGAAAGAGACAGGAGGGGGAGGCUCUGGAAUGAUACCCAGGCCUAGAGGAAAGAGACAGGAGGGGGAGGCUCUGGAAUGAUACCCAGGACUAACACAGGUUGUUUUUUAUUUAUUGAUAAAUCCCACAGACCAUUGAGGGGUACAUAUUUUCCAGGAGGACAUUGUCAUCCUGUAUUGUGUUGCCUUACGGCAUGUAUAGUAUAAUUUCUUCGAAGAGAUGAAGGACCAGAAAUCACACUCCUCUCUAAACAAACAUUCAAAGCAAUAAUGGCAGUGGUAGAAAUGACUGAAUGCUGAGGAUGAUGGUGAUGUUGACCAGAUGCUGUGGUUCCUGCUGUCACUGUCUGUCUGAAAUACAGGUACUUCGGAGGCUGUGUUUAGAGUCCAGGCCCUGUUCUGUCUGCACAGGGGUCCAGGGCCCUGUUCUGUCUGCACAGGGGUCCAGGGCCCUGUUCUGUCUGCACAGGGGUCCAGGCCCUAUUCUGUCUGCACAGGGGUCCAGGGCCCUGUUCUGUCUGCACAGGGGUCCAGGCCCUCUUCUGUCUGCACAGGGGUCCAGGCCCUGUUCUGUCUGCACAGGGGUCCAGGCCCUGUUCUGUCUGCACAGGGGUCCAGGCCCUGUUCUGUCUGCACAGGGGUCCAGGGCCCUGUUCUGAAUUUACAGAAUCUAAUGAUGCAAGAAAAGGCUCUGGGUGUUUCACAGCUCUCACACAUUCAGGUGUGUGUGUGUGUGUGUGUGUGUGCGUGCGUGCGUGCGUGUGUGGGACUUCAUUGAUACUGUGAAACAUGAAAGCUUCUGUAAAAGAACCUGUUUUUCUUUCUCGUAACCUUGUCUGUAAAACUGUUCAUUAAUACCGUUGCUGUCAAGCACACAAGUCAAAGUUAAUAUGUGUCCUCAUCUCAACAAAGCACAAUCACCUCACGACUCACCGUUGAAACAGACGUGUUCAGGUCAGUGAUAGAGUAUCGUCUAUAGCUGUGUACUGUGUCGGCGUUUUCUGCACCGCAAUUGAACACGGUCUCUAAUCAAACAUGGCUGCAUUGGUUCAGUUAGUUUAUUCAGUGAACAAGGUAUAUGUCUGGGCACGGAUGACAAAGAUAGUCUUGUGAUGAGUGGAGGGUUGAGGUAAGUGUAGGUUGGAUGAGUAGGUUGCUGUCUGGGGUUGGAGGAGAGAAACGCGGCUCAAUGGAAGAGGGAUCAGGACGGUCUAGUGAGACAGGUCGAUACAGGAAAGAGUGUGAGAUGGAUUGAUACAGGAAAGAGUGUGAGACAGAUUGAUACAGGAAAGAGUGUGAGACAGAUUGAUACAGGAAAGAGUGUGAGGUUGAUACAGGAAAGAGUGUGAGAUGGAUUGAUACAGGAAAGAGUGUGAGGUUGAUACAGGAAAGAGUGUGAGAUGGAUUGAUACAGGAAAGAGUGUGAGAUGGAUUGAUACAGGAAAGAGUGUGAGACAGGUUGAUACAGGAAAGAGUGUGAGACAGAUUGAUACAGGAAAGAGUGUGAGACAGGCUGAUACAGGAAAGAGUGUGAGACAGAUUGAUACAGGAAAGAGUGUGAGACAGGCUGAUACAGGAGAAGAUUGA